UGAAGUAUGCUGAUUAAUACUAUUAUCGGCGACAGUCUCAAACAAAGUGUGGAAAAUGCUGGUGAAAGCUCCCACCCGCAUUCUGCUAUACCUUCCCAGCUGAACCAUGAAAAUCGGCAAAGUUUUCGUGUGUUUUCUCCUGGUUUGGGCGCCGGCACUUGCCGGAACCAUCGAGAUUAAGUGUCCAGAGUUUUGCGCCUGUGAUGUAUUCCAGGGGUUGAAGCGGGCCACUUGCCAAAGCCGCAAACUAGUGUCCAUCGAGCUGAACAUUCCUGCCCAUGCGGAGAUUCUGGACAUCAGCCAUAACCAGAUCAGCAAUCUGGGCGAUAAAAUAUUCUUGGAAUUAGGACUGACUAACUUAAAGCUGCUGAACCUUUCUCACAACAUGGUGAAGCAGAUUCAUUUCAACGGGUUCAAAGGACUAGAAACGCUCAAAACACUUGACCUCUCUUACAAUGCUCUUGAAUAUUUCACCAGAAGCUGGUUUGGGAGCUUGCAGUCUUUGGAGGAGCUUUACCUGAGAGGCAACAAGCUGCGAUCGAUAAAUGAAGAAGCGCGAAUUGACAUUCCCCGUUUGAGGGUCUUGGAUAUCAGCAGUUGCAGCAUAACGCGCCUGACUCCCAACACUUUUCGCCUAACGCCCAACCUGGAAACUUUAGAUGUAUCUGGGAACUUUCUACAGUCGCUGGGUGUAGACGUACUCAAGAUCCUUUCCAAGCUUAAAACCUUGCAGGUUCAAGACAACAACUUUGACUGCCGAAGUGAAAGUGAAAAGGCCUUAGUUGCCUAUGUGAAAAGCCAAAAAAUUUCGUGCUCGGAUUCGUGCGUUAACAACUCCCAAGCCAUGGCCACCAAUCAAAUAGAGCAUCGUUUUGAAAAAAUGAGGAUGGCCGAUGUCACACCAACUACUCCUUUGGGCACCAGUGGGAAUUCGUGGAUGGUUGAAGACAAUGCUGAUGACGAAGUCAGCAAAAGAAUGGAGGAAUGCAGAAAUGCUUCAAUCAACCCACUUGAAUUGGAACCGCCUGGAUUGCUAAUGGAAAUUAUUCAGCUCUCCCCUUGGGCGACUGUAUCCAUCGUCUUUUUCUAUGGAUUACUUUGCGGUAUGGUUUUAUCGUGCAUAAUCGGUAUAUGUGUUCAGAAAAAAGGGCCAAUAGAGCAAAAGACGCCAGCAUCUAGUCCCUCAUCCACAAUUAGGAUAACGCAAAGCGUUCCCAAUUUAUUCCAAAGACGGGAUAAGCGUUACGUGCGCAGAAGCAACAGCGUUCUGUACAAAAGCUUUCAAAGACCCAAAUUAAACCCAACAAAAAGCCUUGAUGAUGAAGAUGACUACGACGAAACGCUGAUAAUGAACGAGUUUGAUUUGGCGAACUCAACGCCGAUGGUCACCAGGAAGGCGAACAUGUGAAUUUCAAGUCAGUGAAUGAGUGAUUCUGAGAUAAGCUGAGGCUAAGGAACGGUUGCAAGUCUUUACUUCCUGGGCGAAUUUAAGCACUGGCCCGGUUGCCUCUCUAGAAACCGUAUUAAUGAAUACUCCAAGAACAAGUGGAAAGUUUGUUGAUUCAGUGGUGUAGUCAAUGGGUCUUAUUGAAAGAAGUCAUAAACUUUCUUAUUUGAAGUGGAGACAAUUGCAUUCGGUUUUUUCUUAUUAUUUUAUUUAUAUGUUUUAUACCUUAUACAUUAUUUGAAACCGAUUUGUUUUGCUUAAGAAAUGUUAAUUUUUGAUUGACAUCGUGCAAGAAAAAACACAUGCGACUUUCUUGUGCAGGAGCUUUCUUUUGUAGCGUGCUUAAAAGCCCAGUUUAGACUCAUGUUGGUGCACGUUCACUAUUGGUUUUUCCGAUAAAUUUACUAAACGCAUCUUAAAUUUCAACAAGGCCCCAAAUGGGCCCCGAAUCGGAGAAAGUUGGAGCAUGGCCGCCACUCAGACACUUAGUUAGCGACGGACCCGAAACCUCUCCAGCGGCCAUGGCAUCUCAUUAGUUCCUGAUUCUCCGCUUGCUUUAGUCCAAGAACAAUGUACUAAUUUCAGUACUAAUACUCAGAGCGCUGGUUGGCAUCAAGGAAAUCUUGGCACAAAUCACCUACACAGUCAAAUAGCUCUGUUAGAUUGAGCUAAUCGAGACUUGCCUCACAGCUCAAAGCGGUUCAGAUUUUCUGGUGACUUCAACUGGACUAAGUUCGUGUGAGCCGCCCUCAAACCCCUCGAACUGAACCCCUCACAGUCGUCCCUUUUACCGCCGCUGACCACAUUCGAAGCGAAACCGCACCGAGCUCUUGCAAAAACUUCUUGCUAGCGGUCUCUGUCUGAGAUUAAUGUUAAGCAACUUUAGGUUGAAUUUCGCAUACAGGGUUGUUCAAUGGAACUGCGGCGAAGUGCAUAACAAUGAAGGGUUCGAACAGAAAACAAGAGAGCAGGCAUUUAGUGGUUUUUCAAUAAUCCUGCUUACAAUGGAGAACAUUCCAUAUGAGAAAAUGUCUGCAAUAGAAAUUGAGUAAUCGAUGAACAAGAAUGUUUAAAAAAGUUGAUAGAACGUUUAAAAAUAGACCUUUAAACUACCACUUUAUGUGUAAUUUUGUGGCUGGUUUCGAUUAAGUUCUAGACGAUUUUUUCGUUGCUUUAGCACUGCCUUUAAUAUGACUUUCGCAAUUUGCAAAUUUUUUUUUCUUUUAAAGCCCUCAAGUAUAUCCGAAAUGUUAGCCCAAGAAAAAUAGUGUUUUACUUUAGUGUCACAACCAUUGAGUGGUAAACCCAAGAACUUAAAUAGGGAUUUUACCAGUUACUAUCCCGGUCACUAAUAAGCCAUAAUACCCACGAUGGAUUUUAAGUUUUGAAGAGCUUAUUGCGAAAAAUAACCUCAAAAACGCUCUAAGCCUAACUGAUUUGUCAAUAAAUAUCCGGCUGAAUGCAUUGUUGCUUUGUAAUUUAUCAAAAAAUAUUUAGAACCCGAUUUAAGUAAAUCACCGUUGAACUUACGAAAUAUUCCUUGAUUGAAAAGUUGAAAAUGCAUCUUCGAGGACAAAACUUUUAAGGGACAGAACCACAAAAUGUUUUAAAAGGUGUUUGCAGUAUUUUCAAGCUAAAACGCUGUAACUCUGUAGAUCACGAAUAACUAGCAAACUUCUCUAAAAAAUAGAACUGACUUUAUAAUCGAAGAUAUUUCAAGUGGACUAAUUGAGAAUUACAACAGUGUGAGCGUCAAGCCGCCUCAAAACCCGAAAAACCCCACUAGUUUCCAGGAAUAGACUCGAAAGUCUAUCUCUUUUGAUAAAUUGAGAAUUAUUUAAUGUAAACUUAUUUAAUUCUGCAAAUAAUAUGCUUUGUUUGAAUAAAUGCCUAGAAGAGGAUUAAAAAUCUCCAGAACAUUGUUCCUAUCCCUGUUUUAUUUACGUUUCACUUGUUCAAAGCUUUGGAUUCUAAAUUGAUGUGUCCUCACUUAAAGUGGAUUUGAAUGGUGCUGGAAGAAGAAGAAGAAGAAACAGUUUGCAGAACACGACAAACUGAAAACAAUUGCUCAAGUAAUGUUUUAAAUCAGAAUAAUUUUUGAAGAAAAACUCCAACAGUAAAGUCAUUACGUACAUUUACGUGAGAAAUUUGAUUGUUGUUUGAAAUGUUCUUAAUAAAUGUAAUAAAUUUGUGUGGAAAAUCUUGUAACA